AGAACACUUCAAGGCACAACAACUAUCACAAAGGAGACCCUGAACUGUAGAGCACCUGAAAUCCUCUAUCAGACAAGAAUGGGAGAGUAUUUCAAUUUAAACUCCAGAAACUGGUCUCCUGGGUUCACCAACGAAGAGCUGAUGCAGCAAAACAUUGGCAAACAUGUCCCUGAAUUGUCCCAUGUUUGAUACUCUGCAUGUGGUUCAAAUACAGUGGAAAUCAAUGUGCUGCCAUAACAGUCUCAGCUGGGGGCAUUUGCUCCAUUUCCACCACUAGGGGGUCCAGUACUAAACUGGGGUGAUAAGGUCAAGCUCUACCGUUAUGUUAAAGUUCUUCCUAAAGGAGUUGAUGUAAAUGAGGUCAGGGCUUUUGGCAGGCCGGCCUGCUCCAUAUCAAACUGGGGGAACGAUUUGUGGACGGGCUGCUCCUUUAGAUGAAUGUCAAACAUGAAAAUAGACAAACACAAACUCUUGUCUCAAAGGGAAGGGUUCAUUUUGCAAACUGCUGUACUAGAAGAAGUAGGGACAUAUUGUACAUGUUGUAUUGACAUCUCGGUUGGUGCUAUUUCCAGUGUAGUGUCCUCUUAAAAGUGUCAGGAUGAAACUGACCUCAGGGCGUUAUAGGGCCAUGUGGUGGAUCAAUGGCUGCUAACUGGAGUCCCAGUUUGCAGCAGCAUCCCAACAGUGUCAGCUACACUGCACAGUCGGGUCUCAUCUGUCUCCACAGAGACGACUAAUGAGCCCUCAUGACUCCACUACUCAUGUAUCUGCUCUUUUAUGAUUGCAUUUUGCUGAAAGAAACAAGACAAGGACCUUAGAAAACAUAUGAUAACAAUGUGACAGAAGAUGGGUGAUUGGAACUUAUUGGGGAGUAUACUAGAGGAGGUCCACAUUCAUUCCACCAUCGUGGGGAAGAUCUGGCUCACCAUCCUCUUCAUUUUCCGGAUGCUUGUUCUGGGUGUUGCAGCUGAGGACGUCUGGGAUGAUGAACAGAGCGAGUUUGUUUGUAACACGGAGCAACCUGGCUGCAAGAACGUCUGCUACGACCAUGCGUUCCCCAUCUCACUCAUCCGCUACUGGGUCCUGCAGAUCAUCUUCGUGUCUUCUCCGUCUCUGGUCUACAUGGGGCACGCGUUGUACCGAUUGAGGACCCUGGAAAAGGAGAGGCACAGAAAGAAAGCCUGUCUGAAGGCUGAGUUGGAGGGGUCAGAUCCGGUUCAGGAGGACCAUAAGAGAAUUGAGCGAGAACUCAGGAAACUAGACGAGCAGAAGAAAGUAAGGAAAGCUCCACUGAGAGGCUCCUUGCUGCGCACAUAUGUUUUUCAUAUCUUAACGCGAUCUGUGGUGGAAGUGGGCUUCAUUAUAGGUCAGUGUGCUCUGUACGGGAUCGGACUGUCUCCUCUUUUCAAAUGUGAGCGGUUGCCUUGCCCGAACAGCGUCGAUUGCUUUGUUUCAAGGCCAACAGAGAAGAAUAUUUUCAUGGUUUUCAUGUUGGUUAUCGCAGGAGUUUCUUUAUUCCUCAACCUGCUGGAGAUCUUCCACCUGGGGGUGAAGAAGAUCAAACAGAGCUUGUACGGAUACAAAUAUGGAGAUGAUGACAGCGUGUACAGGUCAAAGAAAAACUCCUCAGUGCAACAGGUCUUAGCGCUCAAUAACUCCUCACCGCAGAGGCUGAUGCAGCUCACACAGAGGACCUUCUCUGUCGUGCCUGAUGCUCAUGUGGAGUCUUUGAUUGUUGUCCCAGGGGUCUCUCAGAAUCGGUUGGGGUCCAGCAUCUCCACCCAGCAGCCAAGCCAAGCAGACAUCCAAGUUGUCCAGCUGCUGGGGGCGGUAGAGCGCCGCCUCACUCUGGAAAACAGGAAGCCGUCAAGCAGCAGUGAUGAGUCGAACGGACCGCAUGGCUCAGCGCAGCUACAGUAUGCAGGACCUCGACCCACACUCAUGGGGGGCCACAUAGAAAUCCCUGCCUCUCUGAAGAUCCCUCAGAGGAAGCACAGCAAAGUGAGCGUUUGUAAGGACUUCAGUGACAUGAGCGACUCUCCGGAGAGCGACCACUACCCCACAGCCAGGAAGUGCAGCUUCAUGUCCAGAGGACUGUCGGAGGGUAAGCUGGCCACACCGUCUGACAGCGGCGACUCUCAGAGCGGGACGGACUUGGAGGCCCAGCACCUCAACCAGGGGGAGAGUCCCAUGGUGACACCGCCACCAGCCAGCGGGAGGAGGAUGUCCAUGAGCAUGAUUCUGGAGCUGUCUUCAAUCAUGAAAAAGUGAACUCAGAUGAUGAUUGGGAGCCUGUUGGAUUUCUAAAGGACUGAGGGAUCCUGAUCACAGAGUGGUUCUCUGUUCUCGUCUUUAUAUACAUAUUAUACUUAUGUUUAUACUUUCACAUGAACAAUAACUUCCGUUAUGUAAACAUGACAUAGCAAUGAGGAGCUUCAUAAAAAGCUACAUUUUCUGUACAAAUGAUAUAUCCAGCUUUGGGAUCCUUUUAUACUGAUAGCUUGAACGCCUCACACUAUUGGGGCUGAUGUUUUUUUGGAUCUGACGAACCAAAAAUGAAUCUGUUAUAUUUGGCUUAAAGCAAAGUGACUACUCAUAAAAUGAGACGAACAAAGCGUGUUUAAAUAUUUGACUGAAGAUUGUAAUAAAAGAUCGUGGAAUACGAUCGUGGAAUUGGCGAACACAGAAAAUGAGAGAAGUGUAAAUCAGUGUUUUUUGUUUGGAAUGAGCUGGAGAAAAAAAGGGCUCUGCAAUGUAAAUAUUUGACUGAGAGUAAAGCUUGCUAUUGUUUUUGAAUAUAUCUGACCAUUGGAUACUUUAAUUUUAAAUGUAGUUGAUGUACUGAUGUUUUUUAAUAAACUCAUCCCCCUCUUCAGCAAGACUGAA